UCCAGAACAGUGUUUGUUAAACAAUAAACAAGAAACUAUAAACUAUAUACUAUAUAUAGCAAGUGAUAAUCAAGUUUCGCAAUGAAGUGCUUUAUUUUAGCCGCCUUUUUGCUGGUGAGCUGCGCCAGCGCCGAGAAUAUAUUUAAGAUUAACAUAACGCCAGAGGAGGCGCAACAGUAUCUGAACAGCGCUCAACUGCGGGGCGUUAAUGAGAUCGAAUAUGCCCCAAAGACAGGUGAAAAUCCACUGCCGGAGGCACGCAACGAGAAGGGUGAGUUCGUGUAUAUGGGUCGCGUGAUUGACCAUCCCGAGGAGUAUGUGGAGGAGCACUAUGAUGCGCAUCAGUAUCACGGCCAGGAUGGUCUGGGUCAGUAUGUGUAUGGCUACAAGGACUGGAAUCAGGGCAAGAACGAGAAACGCGACGAGGCCGGCACGGUCACUGGCUCCUACAAAUAUGUGCAGCCACAUGGUCGCGACUUCGUGGCCAAAUACUAUGCUGACAGAAGUGGCUUCCAUGUUGAGGACAACCGUCCGGCGCAUUUGAAGCUGCCAGCCACCAAGACACCCGCCGUGCUGAAGGCCGAGGAGGAGCACUUCAGACUGUGGGGUGAACUGGCCGCUGCCGCUGGUCACAAUCCUGAUCCAUAUGCCGCAGAAUACCAGAAGGGAGAGGGCGCCUACCAGCCCAGCGAGGCGGAGACCCGCGAGUACGUGCACGACGAGAAGCCUUAUGUGCCUGGACCAGAGGAGACGGGCGAGCCCAAGGGCUUCUUCUACGCCUUCGACUACAACGUGCCGCUAUUGCGCAACAAGGCGGAACGCGAGGAGCUCGAACGCCUGCGCGCUAUCAACAACAAGGACGAAUAGAGCGUUCCUUAACGUAGUUCUACGCACAUAGCAAAUAGCCUAACUCUAAAUAUUUAUUCAAUGAUAUAUUAAAUAAAUCCAGCAGCUAUUACAUUUCUCAAAUA